ACCCGAACAUUUUUAUUCUCAAACCCAAACACACGCUUUCUUCGUUCACUUAAAUUCGUAGGGUUAGACUACAAAGCCAUGAAGGUAAACGGCAACGUGGAAAUCAAGAUAAAAAGAAGUUUCAAUGGAAACGAAGAAACUAACAGCGGAAUCAACUCCCAUAUUCCAAGAAGGAAUAGGCUUGAUCCUCUCUCGAUGGUCGGCUCUCACCGCAGCCGUUGAAAACGAGUGGGGCGGCCGUGACUCCCGCGUCAAAGCCAACAUCCUCUGCUCCGAUCUCAUCUCCUUCUUCACUAAACCCAAAGUGGAGCCGCUUUAUAUAGAUGAUUUGGAGAAUAUUCUAGAGGAAGGGUUGCUUAGUCUUAAUACAUUGGUUGAAGAUGGUAGCAUUGAGGAGGUGGCAGAGAAGUUAAUGAUUAUGCAUGAAGAAUGUUUGGAAGGUAAUUAUCAGUCCGUUGAAAAGCUGAAUACAACUAAUCCUCCACCAGUAGCUCAUGUUAGACCGUUUACCGAGGAAGAUGAGGAUGAAGAUGAUGAAGACGAAAGCAUGGAUGCUAACAAUGCAACAACCAUGAUGGUGGAUGUAUCAAAUUCUAAAGCAAGUUCGAAUACAGUCGGUAUGCAAACGGAUGAGCCAAAGCCAAAUCAGGCAGCUGCAGCAGAAGAUGGUUGGGUCGUUGUGUCAUCCAGAAGAAACAAAGUUCUCCCUAGUGGAACUCUUGUUCAAACCGGUGGCUACAAUGAUGGUGAUCGCCAUAUUCGAUUUUUCACUCCUUGCAUCGAUGAAAACUGUGAUUGGAUUGAAUUUCCACAGGCUUUAAUACAACGAAGAUGGUAUGCUACUAAUCAAAUUUUACCAGACGGUCGCAUAAUUAUUGUUGGUGGGAGACGACAGUUCAAUUAUGAGUUUUAUCCUCAGAAUUUAGAAGGCGGAUCCUCAGGUUCAACUACAACUUUUUGGCUGAACUUUUUAAGGGAGACAAACGAUCAUGGCAUGGAGAACAAUUUGUACCCAUUUUUGCACCUUCUACCAGACGGAAACUUGUUCAUUUUCGCGAAUACGCAAUCAAUUUUGCUAGAUUAUAAUCAAAACCGGGUGGUGAAACAGUUCCCUUCCAUUCCUGGUGACGAUCCACGUAAUUAUCCAAGCUCAGGAUCAUCAGUUUUGCUUCCUUUAGAUGAAAACAAGGCCAUUGAACCUGAAAUCAUGGUGUGCGGAGGUGCACCAAGAGGUUCAUUUACGCAAGCCAUGCAAGGAAAUUUCAUACGUGCAAUAUCUACAUGUGGGAGGCUCAAAGUUUCCCAUGCAACCCCUAGUUGGACCAUGGAAGAUAUGCCAGUGGCACGAGUCAUGGGUGACAUGAUACUUUUGCCUACAGGUGACGUGCUCAUAAUCAACGGGGCAGAAUUGGGUACUGCCGGAUGGGAAUUAGGUCGCGGUCCGGUCACAAGACCGAUCAUUUACCGUCCAUCCGAUAACCCCCCUGAUUGGCGUUUCUCAGUAAUGUCACCAUCUUCAAGACCAAGAAUGUACCACUCAUCAGCCAUACUAUUAACCGAUGGACGAAUUCUAGUUAGUGGUAGCAAUCCUCACAUCUAUUACAACUUCACAAAUGUUGAGUACCCUACUGAUUUAAGCAUGGAAUCCUUCUCACCUUCUUAUCUAUCCCAAGAAUAUGAUCCAAUAAGGCCCCAAAUUUUGUCCCUAGAUGAGAAAAUAGGGUAUGGGGGUAAGUAUUUUUGGCUGAGUUUUAAAGUCCAUGAGUAUUUAACAGCUAAUGCUUUGUCUGUGAGGAUUGUUGCUCCAUCCUUUACAACCCAUUCUUUUUCAAUGAAUCAAAGGAUGGUAUCAUUGAAGAUAGUUGGUGUAACUAAUGUUGAACCUUCUACCUACGGUUUAACCGUCGCAGGACCCUCGACGGCCGAGAUUGCUCCGCCGGGGUACUACCUGUUGUUCCUGGUGCAUGCUAACAUACCUAGUUAUGGGAUGUGGGUAAAGAUAGAGUGAUAGAAAGAUUAGUAACUUUGCUAGGGAUAUAUGUCAUAAGCACUCAUAAUAAAUUGAAGUUCUGGUCAAUAUUGAUAGAAAAAUGUUGGGCUUUCGAGUUUAUAGGAAAUGUGAUGGAACUUUCAUUAUUGGCAA